UCUCUCCAUAUAUUCCUACUAGCAGCCCCACCCCGUGCAGCCCUCCUACUCUCUCUCUCUCUCCAUAGAUUCCUACCAGCAGCCACACCCCGUGCAGCCCUCUCUCCCUCCAUCCCUACCACCAGCCACGUCUGCGUGCAGCCCUCCCUCUCCCUCAAUCCCUACCGCCAGCCACGUCCGCCUCUCUCUCUCUCUCUCUCUCUCUCUCUCUCUCCCUACCACCAGCCACGCCCGCCUACACCUCUCUCUCCCUCAUUCCCUACCCCCACGCUGUGCAUACCUCAGAUUGAGCGUUACCGGUAUGGCCUCUGUUUUUUUGUCAACUGAGGUCCUUUCUUUUGGAAGUUGUUCUUGUGGGGAAGAUGUUCAAGCAUCUCGUCAACAAUUUGUGGAAUAAAGGGGCUUUCGAAGCAGGAAAAAGAUGUAGGCCAUUUUCAUACAUUUUUACAAGUGGUUUUCAUGGCGGGCAGGUUCUUUUUGCACCGAGAAGCUUCUUUGGAGUGGAGGAUUUUGUAGACGAUGACAACAGCCGCCCAUACACCUAUCAGAAGGAGAAGAAAUCGAAGAACCCACACAAACACAUCUCAUUCAAGAACCGUACAAUAGCAUACAUGGAACCCUUUACACUUGAUGUAUUCAUCUCCAAGCGUUUUGUUUCGGCAUCGCUUACCCACAGGGUGACAAGUAAGCAGGUGGCGGUUGCUGGCACCAACUCCAAAGAUAUCAAGGCCGUCCUCAAGUCCAGAUCGGAUAUACCUGCAUGCUUGGCAAUUGGUCAGAUCUUAGCCGAUAGGGCGAGGGAAGCAGAUGUUUAUACUGCUUCCUAUACACCGAGGGAACGGGAUAAGUUUGAAGGGAAGAUAAGAGCAGUUGUUCAAUCCCUCAUUGACAAUGGAAUUGAUGUUAAGGUUUAUCUUAACUGAGCAAUGUAUUUCCUUUAAAGCUCUACCUGUUUUUGAUCUCCCUUGAAAUGAGAAUGUAUGAUCCUUUUUUGAACAAGGAAUAUUAAAUUGACUUUACUCACUGA